GCCGGAAGGCUAGGGUGGCAAAUUCAUGCUUGUAAUGGGUGCCAUAGAAAAUGAGGUUAGCCAUCUACCACCAAGCGACAAGCUCGCGUGUGUGACUUGAUGCCGCCUCAGAGAAUAAAGGCGUCAUCCCCAUCACCGUGUCUUUCCUUAAUGACCGUGCAUGAGAAGGGCAUCUUUGGAAUCAUGGAUGACAGAGCCAACAAGUUGAUUCUGGCCCCUGUCCUAGCCGUGCUUUUUGUGAUGAUUGUCUACCAGUACAUAUGCCCAGCCGGGACCAAUUCGUGCCAUUUCAGGGCUGGCAACACUCUGAGAGGGGUAGCCCAGUCCUCUGAGCUGCCAGCCGUCGCAGAAGCCCAGUGGCAAGGGGAGGAGGAUGACAGCGAAGUUCCCGAGGACUCCAAUCCUCCGAAAUUCCAGCCGACCUUCAACUUCGUGGCCAAAGACCUCACCAGGUUUGUGGAUUUCAACAUCAAGGGGGACGAUGUGAUCGUGUUCCUGCACAUACAGAAGACGGGCGGCACCACUUUCGGGAGGCACCUGGUUAGAAACAUCCGCCUGGAGCAGCCUUGUGAUUGUAAGCCCGGCCAGAAGAAGUGCACCUGCCACCGGCCCGGGAAGAAGGAGACCUGGCUCUUUUCGCGCUUCUCUACGGGCUGGAGCUGCGGGCUGCAUGCGGACUGGACCGAGCUCACCAACUGCGUGCCCGCUAUAAUGGACAGGAAGGACAGCCAGAGAAACCACAGGAACUUUUAUUAUAUUACAAUGUUGAGAGACCCAGUAUCCCGUUACCUGAGUGAAUGGAAACAUGUCCAAAGAGGUGCAACCUGGAAAGCUUCACUUCAUGUCUGUGAUGGAAGAAGCCCGACACCUGAUGAACUGCCUACAUGUUACCUUGGGGAUGACUGGUCAGGGGUAACAUUACAGGAAUUCAUGGACUGCGGCUACAAUCUGGCUAACAACCGCCAAGUCCGAAUGCUUGCAGAUCUCAGCCUGGUUGGGUGUUAUAAUUUGACUUUUAUGAAUGAAAGUGAAAGAAAUGACAUUCUCCUCCAGAGUGCCAAGAAUAAUCUAAAGAAUAUGGCUUUCUAUGGCCUAACUGAGUUUCAAAGAAAAACCCAAUACCUAUUUGAAAGAACAUUCCAUCUCAAAUUUAUUUCUCCAUUCACUCAAUUCAAUACCACUAGAGCUUCAAAUGUGGAAAUUGACGAAUGGUCUCGUGAACGUAUAAAGGAACUUAACUUUUUAGACAUGCAGUUGUACGAGUAUGCGAAAGACCUCUUUUUACAGCGUUUCCAGUAUGCCAGACAACAAGAACACCAGAGGAAAAGGGAAAAGAGAAAGGAAGAAAGACGACUUCUAAGAGAACAUAAAGUUCUCCAGUGGCACAAAGAGGAUAAAGCUACAGAUGUUGUUACUACUGAAGACUAUAACAGUCAAGUGGCAAGAUGGUGAUCUCAGCCUUUAACCAGAUACAACAUUGGGAAUAACCAACAAUUUGCUAUUAGAUUUUUUUCAGCACAAACACUUACAGUCAAAAUAUUAUAUAAACUGGUGAAUUAUUUAUUUAAACAGUGUCUUUUGUGACGUUUCCUUUCUUUGACAGCAAACACUGAAAUAAUUAGAUGAAAAAGAGGAAGAAAUAUACUUAUGAACAUUUCCUAAAUGAAUUGCCCUUAUGGACAUUUGAUUUGUUAUAAUGAAGUAUUCAUAUAAGAAAGGAAAUAUUCUAUAGACUUCGAACAUCUGCAUAA